AUGGAUCGUUUCGAAGAGCUCCAAUGCAUCGGACGCGGGAGCUACGGCUCGGCCCACUUGGUCCGAGAGCGUUCGGGCUCAGAAAAGCGUCUGUUCGUGGUCAAGAAGAUCCCCAUGGAGCUGCUCUCGACCAAGGAGAAGGACCAGUCGUUUCGGGAAGCUCAGCUGCUCGCGAAGCUCAAACAUCCGAAUGUCGUCGAGUACAAGGCCAACUUUGAAGCCGAUAAUGUGCUGCAUAUUGUGAUGACGUAUUGCGACGGGGGCGACUUGGCAGACACGAUCAAGCAGCAAAAGAAGAUACGGGAAGCGCUGGUGGGCAGUGACUGUAGCCACAAGCAUGUCGCAGAUCCAAGAGGAUACUUCCCCAUCACACAAGUACUCGAUUGGUUCGUGCAGAUGGCAAUGGCCAUCAAGUACCUGCACGAUCAGCGUAUCCUGCACCGAGACUUGAAGACCAGCAAUGUGUUUCUCACGACAGAAAACGUGGUCAAAGUCGGGGACUUUGGCAUUGCCAAGACGCUUGACUCGACACUGGACCAAGCUCAGACCAUGGUGGGAACGCCGUAUUACAUGAGUCCAGAAGUCUGCGAGAGCAAGCCGUACUCGUAUGCGAGCGAUGUGUGGUCGCUAGGCUGCAUCCUGUAUGAAAUGCUUGCACUCCGCCAUGCCUUUGAUGCGCCGAAUAUACUCACGCUGAUCCUCAAGAUUGUGCAGCAAGACUGUGCACCUGUACCUCCGUGCUACGACAGACAAGUGUCAGACUUGGUGCACAAGCUUCUGGACAAAGAUCCGGAGAAGAGGCCGAGUACGGAAGAGAUCUUUGCAAUGCCGUAUAUCCGCCACCACAUGCAGGGACUCGUGACUUCCAGCGGCUCGCUCAAGGUCAAGAUGAUGAAGUCCAUACCGCAAAGUCCACAACAUGGUUCAAAUGGUCAACGCCAGCUACGUUCCAGAAAUCCGUCUCCGCGGCGCUCGUCUGGAGAGAAAAGGAGGCUGCGACCAGCAGCUUCGACGGGAUCUUCCCAGGUAGCUGUCGUCGCACCGAUGCAGUGGGUACCGAUUGAAUCUCGCACCAAAAACGCUGGCAAGCUGGAAGAAUGCAACGAGUUCGGUCUGCCAGAUGCGCGCACUUCAGAGCCGUCGCAGCUAAACUUUCGUCUACCAGAGCGCAGCAGCACACCAGAGCCGCUUGCACUCGUUACAGGAGACAAACAGUUUUCGUCGAUGCAGGGUGAGCACAAGUGGUCGUCGCAUGAUGAAGCAGUUGACAACGGUGCACCAGACGCUAUACCAAGAGCUGCACGUGUACGAUCACGACUCCAGCGUAGUCCAGAAGACAACUUGUUGGCCGCAUGGUCGUCGGGCAAAAGCGAUGAGAAGUCACGUGUGAACGGCAGUGCUUGCCCGAGUACCAUCGAAAGUGUCGACGCUUGUGUCAAUAACUCGGAGUUUCGAGUGAGAACCAAAGAGCUGAUGGACCCGAAUUUCCAGUACGAGAACACUGACGAGGGUGUCGACAGCUUGCAGAUCUGCUGCAGCUCCAAAGCCAACAGGGCGACCGAGCCCAAUAUGCGAGUAAAACGACAAUCUGAAGAUCCACAGCACAGCGGCGUUGGAGACCGGUCAACGCAAACCACACCUGGUAUCUGCGGGUUUGAUCGGGCGCCAGAAUCUUCCACCUUGUCAUCAGACAGCAUCGAAUCGGAGAGUACAGGAACACCCUCUCUGAGUGAGAGUUCCAUGAUGCGUGCAAUGGAGCUGGAUGCGGAUAGUGACGAUAGCGAUGUGUCCUCUGGUACAUCGUCAAGUGAAUACGAGGUCGAAGAGAACUAUUACAGCGACGGCUCCUCCUUUGAUCGAAGCGGAACUCAGUACAGCGACGACGACUUUGAAGACCCCGACGCUGAAGUCAUUGAAUACGCAGACGAAGAGUUUGUCAGUGAAGGAGAUGACGAUGACAAUGAGCACUCACGCUUCAGCAGCAGAGGAGAAGCAGACAAGGAGCCCGCUUCUGACCCGAAUGGCAGUCAAAACCCAACCGCUGGCUACGGAUCGGCGGUAGAUGACAGCAGUCGUUUUGCGCUUGCAUCAAGGCUCGAAGGUCCGACUGAAGUCCAGCGGGUUAUGUGGAAUGUAGCGCAGAGCUUGAUGCUGACUAGUGACCCCUGA